AUGAGGCAGUUGAGCUGGCGGAUGGUGGCCUCUGCGGUCGUGGGCCUCACAGUGGCCCUUGAGGCAGUGCCCUGGCUCCUGGGCUGGCUGCAGGUCGGGCGGCAGCGGCGGCCUCGGCGUGAUGUGCUGUUUUUUCCCUCGCAAGUGACCUGCACCGAGGCCCUGCUUCAGGCCCCGGGCGAGGCACCAGCUGGGCCCACGGGGGAUUGCCCGUGCAACCUCCCGCACUCGGAGAGCUCCCUGAGCCACCUGCUGCGUGCCUUGCUGGCUGCCCGCGUCAGCCUCGAGCUUUGCCUCUUCGCGUUCUCCAACCCUCAGCUGGGGCGCGCUGUGCGGCUGCUGCACCAGCGCGGGGUGCGUGUGCGCAUCAUCACCGACUGCGACUACAUGGCCCUCAACGGCUCGCAGAUCGGCCUGCUGCGCAAGGCAGGUAUUCAGGUGUGGCAUGACCAGGAUCUUGGCUACAUGCACCACAAGUUUGCCAUUGUGGACAAGAAGGUGCUUAUCACUGGCUCCCUCAACUGGACCACGCAGGCCAUCCAGAACAACAGAGAGAAUGUGCUGAUCAUGGAGGACUCGGAGUAUGUGCGGCUGUUCCUGGAGGAGUUUGAGCGCAUCUGGGAAGAGUUCAAUCCUGCAAAGUACAGCUUCUUCCCGCAGAAGAAACAAAUCUGCUGAAGCUGCCCUUCUCUGCCUUCAGAGCCUCAGAAGCACAGCCUCCAGUGACACCAGCCACCCUCAGAGAAUAGUUCUGGGGACUGCAUGGGGCUCCUGGGGGUGGCUGAGCUGUGGAGAGGCCAGGGUGCUAUAAAGCCUGUGAGCUGGGUUGCAGUGGUGCACACCUGUAAUCCCAGCUACUCAGGAAGCUAAAGCAGAGGACUCAAAAGUUUGAGGCCAGCCUCAGCAGCUCAGCAAGACCCUCGGAAGGGCUGGAGGCUCAAUGUGCAGUGCACCUAGCAUGCAUGGGCCCCUGAAUUCCAGCAAGGGGGAAAAAAGUAAUGUUGUACACUUAGAAGUGACCUCACUUCUAACACCUGGACAUGGUAGACUCCUUUUUUGGCUCAUGUAAUGGAUGAGUUCCCUGAUCACGUGAGAAGCACGUUCAAGGUGAGGCAAGUCCCUUCUAGCUCUGGCAUCCUUCACAGGUAGUUAGGGGAACAGGUAUCUUUCAUGUAUUUGAGUUUAAAGUUUUUUUUAUAAUGUGUAUGCUAUAUACAGGUAACUCAAAUGAUUUCUGAAGCUAUAGUCUUGGUGACUGUCCAGUCUUAGCAAAUGGGAGUGUUUUUCCUUUCCAAUGUUAAUUGUGACUUAAUAGUUGGGCGUGAAACUUGAAUUUCAGUUUUUGAAAAAUGAGUAUAUCCAGAAGUGGU